CGAGUCUGGCACUGGUGGUAUAGUCUGCUUAGAUCUGCCCACACACAACACAUUCCACCGAGCGAUUUCAAUCGAGGCAAACAUCAUCUGUCAAGGGGGCUGGAAAGGAUUCAUCUAUUGUAGCUGGAUCUGACAAUCUCGUGCAUCGACUGCACCGACUGCACCGACCGCCAUUGACCUACAACUUGAUCAUAUUGACUUGGGCGCGGCUCACUGCCAAGGCGCACUUCUAUUAUGUCUACCGAUCCGUACAAUGCUGUUCAGCAAGACAUUCAAGCCUCACUUCAGACCGCCGCCACACUGCGUGCCUCGUUCCUGCGGAUACGCAGCACCGCCAAGGAGGAUAGUGAGGAGCUAGUUUGGGCGAGGAACGAGCUCAAGGCAACGCUUGCGGCACUUGGAGCCGACUUGGAGGACCUGGAAGAGAGCGUCAAGAUCGUCGAAUCGACUGGAGCGCGCAUGUUCGGUCUAGAGGAAGCAGAGGUCAUGGAGCGCAGAAAAUAUGUUAGCCAUGUACGACGGGAGAUUGAUACCAUGAGGGCGGAAGUGGAGUCUGAUCAGACUGAGACGCGUCCAAGGCCGCGGUCUAAAAUUGGAAUAUCUCCAAGUCUAUCUCGCAAUGGCAGCCGAAUUUCUUCUCCCGCACCUGGCGGUGACGAUCAGGCUGAGUGGGCGAGACAGGAACAAGAAAUGAUGGUUCGUCACCAGGAUCAGACGAUGGACAAUAUUGCUGGGACGGUGAGCACAUUGCAUGAGCAAGCAGGUCUGAUGGGCCGCGAGAUCGGUGAACACAUGGAAAUGCUUGAUGACCUCGAACGCGGAGUCGACCAUUCAGGCGCUAAGCUGGAUAACGCUAUGCAUAGAAUCAAGAAAUUCAUUCGUCAAACGGAAGAAACGAAAUCUGGAUGGUGCAUCAUAAUCCUCAUAAUUAUUCUCAUGGCAUUGCUACUAGCAGUCAUUCUUGUAUAACGCUUUGCGUGUCUUGCGCAAACCUUCUGCUUUCACUGGCAUUCCUUCAUUUCGAAUGAUACCCACUUCGAUAUCUUACCGUGUCUCAUGGCGCGGUAACAUUUUCUACACCAUAUCCCUUCGCACAAAAACCGCAUCCGGAAGAGUCGCCGCUAUAUUGACCGGCAUCUUUGCGUAUUUUAACGGACGUGGACAUUGUAUAAUUUUACUGAGCCUAUGGUCAGGUUGAUAAUGAGUUGCAACGACGUUACCUAGGAAAAGCCAAGACGACUGCAUUGCAACCGCUCUCAUGUUUUCUGAUGAAGCAAUCUGACGUGCAAGGCGUUCCCCUGGAUCCCCG